UCUGCACUGAUCAUACCAAUGAAGACCUUCAAGACCCACAAAGCUUGUAUCCUUUUCUCUCUUCUCAUCUUCCUCUCUUCCUCUGUUUUUCCUUCCGAAUCUCUCCCCUUGGCUGCAGGUACAAUCGAGAGAACCGCAAAACAGCAAGCCCCGGCGGCCAGCCUCCCACCGAGUCAUGAAACUGCACCAACAUCUGCGUCAUCCCAGCCUUCAGGUUUACUUGUUGAUCCUGCUCUCUCUCCACCUAUUUCAAAUAAAAAACCUUCUUCCGCAGAGUCUUUGGAUAGCCAGGAGGGAGAGUCCGAAGCGGGUAACCAACAAGAAACGGGUUAUCCACAACAGGGCAGGAACCAGCCUUUAUCGGGUUUCAAUCAACCAUUUUCUUCUACUAACCAGCCUUUAUCGGGUUUCAAUCACCCAUUUUCUUCUACUAACCAGCCUUUAUCGGGUUUUAAUCAGCCCUUUUCUUCUACUAGACAGCCUUUUUCGGGGUUUAACCAGCCAUAUUCAUCUCUAAAUCAGCCUUUUGGGUCUAAUAACCAGCAAGGCUUAGUAAACAACAGUCCUCUUGAUAAUGGGGUUUCAGAAGAAAAGGAAUUCGUGCUAGGAGUUGUUUUAGUCUCUCUAAUUACCUUUGGUUUUCUUGUUUAGUGUGCUACUAUAUAUAAUUGGGCAGAGGAAUAACCAACAUUCCAUUGUAUAUGGCCUCUCCCGAGGCCAUCGUUCCUCUUUCUAUGUCUUGGUUUCCAUACGAAGAUUUGUACUCAUGCAAUUUGUUAGUUACAUCUUUUGGUGUUUGAGUAUAUUAAAAAAUGGGAUUUAUAUUA